CUAAACUUCUACAGACAUGUGAUGCUGCCAAGAGAACUUUCAAAACAAGUACCAAAAACCCAUCUGAUGUCUGAAGAGGAAUGGAGACGACUUGGUGUUCAGCAAAGCCUUGGCUGGGUUCACUAUAUGAUACAUGAACCAGAGCCACACAUUCUUCUUUUCAGAAGACCUCUUCCAAAGGAUGAGCAAAAAGAGUGACCUUCUAGAAAUCUUCUCCUAAAUCUUCUUCUGGAACUUUAUGUAUAUGACUGUAUAUAUGUUGGUAGUAUUCAGUGAAUACUUGAAAAUGUACAAAACAUACAUCCAAUACCUGUGCAUGAGCUGUAUUAUUCACAGCAACAAAGCUCAGUCAAAUGCAAUUCCAAGUAGGCUGCUAUGGUGUUCAAAGAUUAAUGAAAAUUUCUUUACUGUUAAUGUAUGUGCCUAUUUGACUUUUGAUUUUUUUUCUCACUUUAUUAAAGUUUACCUGUUGCAUGUUCUGAAUAGAUGAUCACUUUUUCCGUGUGUUCAGUAACUCUUACACUGAGCUUUUCUGCUAAACAGUGUAGUGUGUUCAGAUCAAUGAGUCACUCUUUCAGUAAUAGGCAGGAAGAAAUAAA